UGAUGGUUACCAACGACUUCCACUUGCCAGUUGAUCAAUUCAUAUUACUCCUGCACAACACCCUAGCUAGCAGCCGCAUACACACGCACCCACAAUCAUCGAUCUCUCCCCCUUCUCAUUACCAACAGCAGGAAUGGCAAGCUCCUCGGCGGCGCCCAAGUUCACGGUGCGCAGGCGACCGGAGGUGCUGGUGGCGCCGGCAGCCCCUACGCCUCGUGAGCUGAAGCGGCUCUCGGAUUUUGAUGACCAGGUCGGUCUGAGGUUCCAAAUCCCCAUCAUCCAUUUCUACCGGAGGAACGAGUACAUGGGCAGCAAGGACCCCGUGCAGGUUAUACGGGAAGCUCUCGCCAAAGCCCUUGUGCCCUACUACCCAUUCGCUGGACGGCUCCGAGAGCAUGAUGGAUGCAAGCUCGCCGUUGACUGCACCGGUGAGGGUGUUUUGUUCAUCGAGGCCGACGCUGAUGUUGGCCUUGAGCACUUUGGUGAUCCCAUAUUGCCUCCCUUCCCAUGCUUGGAGGAGCUCAUCUUUGACGUCCCCGGUUCUUCCGCCAUCAUCAACGCGCCCCUCAUGCUCUUCCAGGUGACGCGACUCACGUGUGGAGGAUUCAUCCUUGCGCUCCGACUGAACCACACCAUGGCCGAUGCACAGGGGCUGACGCAGUUCUUGGGCGCCGUGGCAGAGCUUGCACGGGGUGCUCAGGCACCGUCCGUGCUGCCGGUGUGGAAACGGGAGUUGCUGGAGGGGCGCAAUCAUCAACAUCCGGAGCUGGUACACAACAAGUCGGAUGAGCUGGUACACAACAAGUCGGAUGAGGUGCCGGGCAGUGACACUGACACCAAGGCCAGCAGUAACAUGCUUCCACUAGAUAACUGCCAGCUCCGUUCCUUCUCCUUCGGGCCCCGAGAGAUCGCUGCUAUUCGAGCCCAGCUCCCGCCGCACCUUCAGAAACGUGCCACAAAGUUCGACACCAUUGCAGGCUGGUUGUGGAAGUUUCGCACGGUGGCGCUGGCCCCGCAUCCUGACGAGGUGAUGGAGCUGACGGUGCUCGUUGACGCCCGCGGCCGCAGCACCGCUGCGGCCGGCAUCCCCACCGGCUACUACGGAAAUGCGUUCGCACUCCCGGCCGCCAUAUCGACAGCCGGGGAGCUCUGCAGGAACCCCUUGAGCUAUGCCGUGGAGCUGGUGAAGAAGGCGAAAAACCAGGUGGACAUGGAGUUCAUGCGGUCAGCGGCCGACCUCUUCGUGUUGCGCAGAGGGCAAAGUGCUCCCAUCACCGCAGGCAUGUAUUAUCUGACGGACGAAACCAAGGCCAGGUUUGACGACCUCGACUUCGGAUGGGGCAAGCCGGUGUAUGGGGGUCCGGCAGAAGCUGUUGGCGUCCCGUCCCUUCCCUGGCUGGCAAGCUUCCUCCUAGCCUCCAAGAACGCCAAUGGGGAGGACGGCAUCGUCAUUCCGAUCUGCCUGCCUGGCCCUGCGAUGGAUAGGUUGGUGGAAGAGAUGACCAAGCUCGUGCGCCUGUCAGCCGAUGUGACACUACUGCACCAGCCUAACGUAUUCCCUGUCAAGAGGUCAGCGCUAUGAAUAAUUCACCAUAUGCUGACUAUGACCAAAAUGAAUAAAUUAAAUGAUACUUCAUCUAGUAGCAUGAGAGUAGUCCAGUGUGGUACGCUAUCGUACGUUUGUCUCAAGGGGUUAUGUUUAUCCUAUAUAUACUAAAUGUUAUCAGUAAAAUAAUGCAGUACUCAUCAGUUAA